GCUCCCAUCCGCGGUGGUAGUAUAAAUCCGCGAAUCCGCCACCACCUUUCUGCGCCACCGAUCCUUUAGCCACGACGGCACCUGACCUGAUCGAUCCAUCGAAAGACCACCUCGCCCACACACAGACAUGGACAUGGAGAUGGAGAGGAUGAUGGGGUGCCAGAUCCCGGCGUUCGGGGUGUGGAACUACUGCAGCGACCUGCCCAUCACGCAGUACUUUGACCUCGCCAUGCAGGCCAGGCUGCUCAAGCGCCACCGCCGCUGCUGCGACGCCGGUGGCGGUGAACGCCGCCUCGUGCUCUUCGGCGCCUCGCCAUCUCCACGCAAGCCGCCCCAGAUCAAGGUGAUAAGGAGGGAAGUCGGGGAGAAGCAGAGCGACGGCGGCGAGCUGCUGCGGGAGCUGGACGGCGGCGUGGCAGGGAGGGCGGCUGCUGACACCGCGACCAAACGUGUGCCUGCUGCCGGGGCCGUGGACGAGGACCUCUACAAGGUGCCACGGCCGCUCGUGUACCAAAAACCUCGAAAGAUGAGGAAGGUGAUCUGGAGCUUGUGGAUUGGGUGCCUGGGGCUUGACUGCAUCGCCUAACAAAACUGGAAGCGGCUUAUCAUCUUCAAGCUUCAUCAUCAGAAUAAUAAUAGUGUACCAUGAAGGCGUUACCUGUUCGAUUUGGCUGUACUUCUCUGUUCGCCCCUAAUUGUCAGGCUCUACAACUAGCUUCCACUUUUCAACCGAGUCUCCUAUAUAUAACUUUUUAGAAGUUUUCAGUAACACUGUACUAUCUGUAACUUGUGUGUGUAUUACUACCAAAAGAGCAUGUCCUGCAUUUUGAUCUCA